UGCGGCUCUGCAGUGGAAUACGCGCUUAUUUGAGGAAAGCUUGGAGCGACGUUGCGUUUUUUGGACUCUAUGACGGCGUUAAGGGAUUUUUUUAAAAAUGUAACUCCUGGGCUCUUCUCACUUCACAAAACGCCUCACUCAAAUCUCCCGACAGCCUGAGAAAAAAGGAGAAUAACAUCUGUUUAUCUGCAUACUGCUAUGUUCAAGAAACAAGAGGAGGAAAGAGAGAUUGACGGAGGACAAAUGAGAUCUCAGAGGAUGUGGAAUUAGAGGGAACAAAUUGAUAGUGGAGGAACGGAAGGAGAAGUCAGCCACAAAUCCACCAGUGUGGAGUCACCUCACCUGUGUCUUCGGAUUAAAGAGCAGGGUCAUGUCCCAGUUGCCAUGCGCAUCGCCACGCUGACCUGCCUUCCCGGCCCUUCCCCCUUCCUCUUUCUAUUGGUCCAUCUGCUCCUGCGCCUCCUUCUCAGCCUCCACGGGCCGGACUUAGUGGGAGCCACCUCCACCUGCCCGUCUCUCUGCACGUGCUCCAACCAGGCCAGCCGGGUCAUCUGCACCAGGCAGAACCUGGAGCAGGUGCCCGAAAGCAUAUCAGUCAACACGCGAUACCUCAACCUGCAGGAGAACUCCAUACAGGUCAUCAAGUCCGACACCUUCAAGCAGCUGAGGCACCUUGAAAUCCUCCAACUUUCCAAGAAUCAGAUACGACAGAUUGAAAUCGGAGCGUUCAAUGGCCUCCCCAACCUCAACACGCUGGAGCUCUUUGACAACCGCCUCACGCUGGUGCCAACGCAGGCCUUUGAUUACCUCAGCAAGCUACGGGAGCUGUGGCUGCGCAACAACCCCAUCGAGACCCUCCCGAGCUAUGCCUUCAACCGCGUGCCCUCCCUGCGUCGCUUGGACCUGGGCGAGCUCAAAAAGCUGGAAUACAUCUCUGACGCAGCGUUCGUUGGCCUGGUCAAUCUGCGGUACCUGAACCUGGGCAUGUGUGGGCUCAAAGACAUCCCCAAGCUGACGCCCCUGGUGCGUUUGGAAGAGCUGGAGCUGUCGGGGAAUCGUCUGGAGAUCAUUCGUCCCGGAUCCUUCCAGGGUCUGGUGUCUCUCCGGAAGCUGUGGCUGAUGCACUCGCAGGUCUCUGUCAUUGAACGCAAUGCCUUUGAUGAUCUAAAAAGCCUGGAGGAGCUUAAUCUGUCCCAUAAUUCCCUGCACUCCCUGCCUCAUGAUCUUUUUACACCCCUCCACCAGCUGGAGAGAGUGCACCUGAAUCAUAAUCCUUGGGUUUGCAACUGUGACGUACUUUGGCUGAGUUGGUGGCUGAAGGAGACGGUGCCCAGUAACACCACCUGCUGCGCCCGCUGCCAUGCUCCUCCCGUCCUUAAGGGAAAGUACAUCGGGGAACUCGACCAGAGCCACUUCACCUGCUUUGCUCCCGUCAUCGUGGAACCCCCCACUGACCUCAACGUCACCGAAGGGAUGGCUGCCGAGCUGAAGUGUCGCACCAGUACGUCUACAACGUCCGUGAACUGGAUUACGCCCAACGGCACGCUGAUGACCCACGGGUCUUACCGCGUGCGGAUAUCGGUUCUGCACGACGGCACGCUGAACUUUACAAACGUCACCCUGAGAGACACGGGCCAGUACACCUGCAUGGUCACCAACGCUGCAGGAAACACCACUGCUACUGCCGUCCUGAACGUCACUGCUGCUGACGCCAACACCAACAUCACCUAUUUUACAACUGUUACCGUGGAAACGGAUAACGGGGGAGUGAAUGAUUAUACGCCGGUUGCCCUCGGUGAGACCACCAUUCCUAAUCCGUCUGACCUGCUGUCAGAAGUGGUUCCCACCACCGACUCUUCUCUGACUGGCGGCUGGUCGUCCUCCUCCACCCGGGCGACCCGACCCACUUUCACUGUGCCGUUCACGGAGCCGGGCUUCUCUGGCCUGGACGACGUGAUGAAGACCACCAAGAUCAUCAUCGGCUGCUUCGUAGCCAUCACCUUCAUGGCGGCGGUGAUGCUGGUGGUGUUCUACAAGCUGAGGAAGCAGCACCAGCUGCACAAACACCACGGCCCUGCUCGCGCCAUUGAGAUCAUCAAUGUGGAUGAUGAGCUGGGGCCCGGAGCCGGCGGCCGGGGCAGCGGCAUCUCCGGAGGCUCCACCGUAACGCAAAGCGCAGGCGGUGGAAUAGGCGGGGGCCAGAGUCUCAGGUUGCACCACCCAGAGAUUGUGAACCUACCCAACCUGGCUCGGUCGGAGCACCUCAACCACUACUACAAAACACAUCACUUCAGCAGCAACAUGAUGAGCCUGGGGAUGGGCGCAGGGCCCGGCGUGGGCCUCAACAACAACAACAACCCCUCGCCGUGCUCUCAGUCGCAGAGUAUAUCCUGCUCCCAGGGUCCACCCACUGGUGGGGGGAUGUCCACCGGGGGCACCCUGCCCUCCACCGUGGCCCUGCCUCAGCUGGGUCUGCACAGCUCCCUGAAAGGCCUGAUGGGUAAAGGCCAGAAUGAGCCGCUCCUUUUUAAGAGUGGCUCAAAGGAAAAUGUGCAAGAGACUCAAAUCUAAAAAAAAAAAAAAAAAAAAGGUAGACUUUCGAGGUAAGACGCGGUAGAUGCUAAAGAGACUAUUUGAGGGAGAUUGUAGCCUAAUGUCCUCAUGGACACUUUUCAGAAAGGCUCUCCAUAACCUUUAUUCUGUGAUGGCCCUUUGUUAACAGAUGGUUAGAGAAAAGGAGACAGUAGACCAGUUCCACCAACAGCAUUUUCACAGUCCCAAAUGUCAGAAUUUCUCAUUGUGUGCAGCUUGAUAUGGUCUUUGCCAGAGCUCAAAAUCAAGCCUUUUCUCUCAGUGGACAGAUAAGAACAAUGGGCGCGUGCAGUCAACCCUUCAAGGAUGUAUACGGAUUGCUUCGCAUUUUUCCAGAUGCAUUCAGUGUAUAUAUUUGGAGGGGGACAUAAUAUUGGCCAUUGAACAUGUUGUCAGAUUAGUGUUUGGCAAAGGCAGCGAAUAGCAAACAAUGAUUUGUGUGAGCGAAGCGGAGCAGUCGCAGGUUUUCAGGAAAACAUGGAGGGAGUAAAAUAAGAGCAGAGCAGCGAGGCUGCUUGGAAUAUCAGAACAACAAAAAGUGGUUUUACUCCUCACUUUAUCCCUUAUUUUCAAUUUUACACUUCACUGGUUACUGUCUUCUUUGGAAGAAAGGAAAUAUUGUGAAGGAAUAAAGGACAAGAAUAGAGAGAUACAAAAAAAAGAACUGAAGAUACACGUUAUAUAUACCGUAAAUAUAUUUUCAUUCAAAUAAAUUAUGAGAAAUCUUUAUCACGCUAAUGAGUGACCACUACGACGACUGAAGAAUAUAUAUAUUUAAAAGAUUUUUAAAAACAGGCCCUGCCGUUUCAGUGGAACCAGCCCCGUUACAACUUUUCUGAGCUUGGAAUAAGAAAAGCCGCCCUGACUGCUCUUCCUCUGGAUACAACGACACAAGCCCGGCAAAUUGAUGAAAAAGAAAUUAUUUUGGUCUUGACUCUUUUGUUUUUGUAGCUGAUUUCACUCUAACUGACAGAGAAGGCGGAUCUGAUACUCUCUGCAGAACCAUGAAACACCACAGGAGCGUUUAACCUUUUUAUUUUCCUGUAUUUGGUGGCACUAAUAGUAUCAAUAAUAGUCACGGCAGUAAAAAUGAUACCUUUAUUUGUCAUCAAUACACAUUGCAUUUAACGUGGAAUUGCAGGUAAUAAAAAACAUUCAACAAAUAAUUUGAGAUCGUAAUGAAAUGACAUUAUUGUUAUUAUUGUUCACGUGACUAUUGUUGUUACUGCUAGUGCCCACAGAUAACCGAGAAGUGAGUUUUUUUUCCAUUUGUACAUGACGCUGAUGUGAUGGGCGGAUGGAACGUGCCACUAAAUAAACUCAGCUGGAAAUGAGCCCGUCCCACAGAACGGCUUCCUGGAGUCCGGCCCUCAUGGGGCCCUCUGAUGGGGCCCCCUGAUGGGGCCCUCUGAUGGGGCCCUCUGAUGGGGCCCUCUGAUGGGGCCCUCUGAUGGGGCCCUCUGCUCUCUGACAAUAAGGACCAAGACUGCAGCUUUUGGCGGAGGAUUAUUUCCCAGCUGUAUCUCAGUGUUAGGAGUUGAUUUGAUGGCAGCGGGGGGCAAAAAUGGACGGACAUUUUUU